AUGAGAAGUCAGAAGGCCUCUAAAGAUGAAAAAGUUAUACCACCUGGAGAGCAAACUGAAGAGAAAAAUAAAAAGGAGACUAAACUGGUGAUUAAGUUACCCUACCCUCAGAGAGUGACAAAGAAGGAUCUAAGAGAGAUAGACUUUGAGAAAUUCAUGAUAAUGUUCAAAAAGAUAGAGAGUCAUAUGCCUUUGUUUGAAGCACUCGAGCGAAUGCCCAUGUACACAAAAUUCAUGGAAGAGGAAAUCGUCGAAAAGAAACCAACAAUAGAAGAACCGGUAGCCUGGAAGGAAAAGUGUAGUGCAAUAUCACUAGGUCAGAGAAUUCCAAACAAACAGAAGGAUCCUGGAACGAUCAUAGUAUCAUGCACAAUAAAAGAGAGAACUUUCAAAAAGGUACUAAUUGAUUCUGGAGCUAGUGUGAGUCUGAUGCCAUUAUCAAUCUAUCACAGGUUAGGGAUUCAAAAUGUCAGUGAUACAAGGAAAAAUUUGAAGUUUGCAGAUCACUCGAUAAAGAAUGCAUAUGGGAUAGUAGAAGAUGUAUUGGUGACAAUAGGGAAAUUGAGUUUUCCUGUUGAUUUUGUGAUCAUAGACAUACCUGAAGAUGAAUAG